CCAGCAGCAAACAUCUGGCACAAGGAUCAGCAGCCAACCAACUCCAAAUCCCAAUGUUCCAGGACUGAGUGAGAAAUGCGUCAAAGUUCCAAACCAACCUGUUGGACCAGGUGCAACUAAACAAGCUGAAUACAAAAAUCCAGAAUAUUUUUGCUAUCAUGUUUCAAGCUUUGCAGAGGCUGAAGUCGAACUAGCAAAGUACAGACUGCCAGCACCAUCGAACAAAGAAAAAUUUAUUAGAUAAUUCAUAUAUGAAACUAUAUAGUAAUAAGAAAAGAGAUAUCUUUCAUUAUUAAUGUGAAAAUGAAUAAAUACGUCGGAUAGUACUUAUGUGAAGUAAAUAAUAACGAAAAAUUAGUAUCUACAUAAAUUAAUCACAAUUUGAGAGAUGGCACUGCUAUAAUUUUCUUCAUAGUUCAUAGAAUACCAGAUAACUUUCCUACAGAGCCGACAAGGCAAUAAGUUAGUAGUGGCAAAUCCCACACCUCACUUAGCGUCUCUGCAGCAUCGUCAUCAUCAUUUUAUACCUAUGUCCAUCUACUAAUUCUACUCCAUGAUUCUUGUUUACACUGCACCUAUAUGCAAUGUAGAUUAUAUAUAUGUAUAUAUAAAGCGUUAGGUGCUCUGAUGUGGUACGUUCGAACCUGAGAAGCGCGUAGAUUUUCUACGCUAACAAAGAGGUUACGUGAUACUAAUCAUCGCUGACAUGUCUUUCAACGUGAAAAUAUUUACGUUAGUAUUAAAUAAAACCGGUCUUCAACGAAACUACGCAAGUGCAACAUCCCAUUUAAAAAUAGCAUUGAAAAAACACCUGUGUAUAAUCAAAGACACAUGGAAAUUACCAACCAGGCAUAUCAGAAUGGCAAGUGCAUCUUUUCAUAAUGUGAUGCCACAAAGCACUGGGAUGGCCAGUAGGGAAGAGAGUAGAGAGAUGAUGGCUAUAUGGCCUGAUGUCGUUAGAGAUCUUACGGAUGCAGGACGUCACCUGGACAUUCCAGAUGCUACCAAAUGGUUAGCUAAGGUAUUACAAUAUAAUGUUCCUGGUGGAAAGAAAAAUCGUGGACUGUCCCUGGUCUAUGCAUAUAAAAUGCUGGCACCUCGAGAUCAGCUGACAGAGGAUAACAUACGGCUGGCACGAGUUCUAGGCUGGUGUUUAGAAAUUUUCCAGGCAUAUUUGCUGAUAGAGGAUGAUAUUAUGGAUAAUUCAAAGAUACGUCGAGGCCAGCCUUGCUGGUAUCUGGUGAACAAUAUUGGCUUAUCUGCUAUUAACGAUGGAAUCCUACUGGAACAAACUGUUUACCAUCUUCUACGGACCAACUUUAGAGACAAACUCUGUUACGUUGAUCUUAUGGAAACUUUCCAUGAGAACACACUCAAGACAGUAAUGGGUCAGACAUUGGAUCAGCUAGCCACGAAUUUUGGUCAAAAACCAAAUUUGGAUCUUUACACUAUGGACCGAUACAAUGCUAUUGUCAAAUAUAAAACUGCUUAUUAUUCUUUUGUUAUGCCCAUCACGCUGGCUAUGUAUUUUACAGGUAUCAGAGAUCCUGAAAUGCAUAGACAGGCGAAAACUAUACUUUUAGAGAUGGGCCACUUUUACCAAGUACAAGAUGAUUAUUUGGAUUGUUAUGGAGAUUCCGAAGUCAUAGGAAAAAUUGGUAGUGAUAUUCAAGAUGGGAAGUGCUCGUGGUUGGCUGUUGUCGCUUUACAACGUGCAACACCUGCCCAAAGAAAAAUUCUUGAGGAUUGUUACGGAUAUGAUGAUGCUGAAAAGGCCGCUAAAGUCAAACAACUCUACAACGAACUAGGUUUACCAACAACCUAUUCCAUUUAUGAGGAGGAGAGCUAUAACCUUAUGCACACUCAUAUACAACAGAUAUCUCGGGGUCUUCCACAUGAUCUUUUCUUAAAUUUUCUGGAAAGAAUUUAUCGCAGAAAUAACUAAAGAUAUUCUAGAAAAUUUUAUCGCAUUCCGUUACGAAUUGUAAUUAUGCAUCUGAAGCUGAAACAAUAAUAACUUUGUUCAUCAA